AACUAUGAAACUUCCCGCAGAAGCUAGCAAGUGAAGCCUGUAUGAUCGAAAUAUGCAGGUAUUUGCACCGUAUCGGUAUCCAUUCGCAAACAAUAAUAACAUAACCACCUAAAACUCAAAAAGUCACACUCACACAAACACACCGCUAGCUACACAAAUCGACGCAGCAGUGAAUUUUCUCUCCAUUCAUUCAUUCAUUCACACUCUUCCAACUCUUCUCUCACACCAAAUCCAACAACAAAAAAUGGGCACCGUAAUCGCCAUUGACGACUCUUACAACCAGAGUGUUUAUACCAUCAAGUUAGACGGAACAAAAAUAACCGUCACCGUUACCUCCGUCGCUUCCGUUGUCAGAAAAUGGCUCAACUCCACUCUCUUCUUACGCCGCAAACACGUCCAAAUGAAUCAACUCGUCGUCGGCCUCGGCGUCCAGUGGACACCCGGCGGCUACAAUGCUCCCGCCAACACAUUGCAAUUAUGCAUCGGUCGACGCUGUCUCAUCUUUCAACUCUCUCAAGCCGAAUUCGUGCCGCAACGUCUCCGAACUUUUCUUCAAGAUCCUGAUCACAGGUUUGUAGGAUUCUGGAACCAUUCGGAUCGUCGAAAACUUAUGUCGUCGGAGCACGGUUUGGAGAUGCGUAAUUAUCCGUUAGAUCUAAGGAUGUAUGGUGAACGUUUGUGCGGUGAAAAUCUCGCACGUGCUUCGGUGAAAAAAAUAGUGAAGAAAUGCCUCGGGUACGAAGUGGAGCAGAGUAGAGAAAUUAGUAUGAGUGAUUGGAGUCAAAAGGAUUUGAAUAAAGAUCAAGUGGUUUAUGCAUGUGUCGAUGCUUACUGUGCUUUUCUUAUGGGGAAGAAUUUGAGAGCUUGGAAAAUGUAAAAUCAAAUCGUUUUAGAAUGUUGUUUCGCUUAUUAGUCUCAUGAAAAUGCAUGUUGAAGGUAAUUGCAGUGUUUUUUGCUUACUUCUUUUAGAAGUUUACUCGUUUUCUCUUCAAUAGUGAAUCGGUGAUUUCAGA